UGACCAGCACCUGUAAUUAGCAAUUUCUGUCUUUGUAUAGUGGAAAUUGUUACGUCAGUCUCAUGCUACGUCAGUCUUGUCUUGGUGACUGGUGUAGUAGAAAGCUUCCUUAAAGUCGCAGUUCAGCUGUAUAGUGCAUCUUUGUGUAACAUGAUGUCGGCUCUCUAUCUGUGUUAUGCAAUCUUUCUCUGCCUGCUUUUCAGCACAUUGGCUGAUGAAGGUAUGUGGUGUAUAUAUGGUUUUAUAGUUUUCUAUAGUAAGGAGCAUUUGAGUUAAUAGAAAACUGCAUUUACUAUUCACUUUCGCAUAAAAGAUAUACUAUGUAAAUUUGACUGAAUUAUAAACAUGUUUCUAUUUUUUGCUUCGUCCUGAUGUCGGCAUCCUUUACAUUUAUCAGGAGUUUCUUGUAAUGUAGAAUUUAAAUAUAAACACAAAAGUCUGUUUUCAAGUCAUUGGGGUGACAGAUAAACUAAUGGUUAGAGCAUCCAACCAGUAACCAAAAGCUUGCUAGAUUGUCUACAGAGGGGAAAAAUAUUCAGUUAAGUUUUUGACCAAGACACUUAACCAUAAUCAACUAAAUAACAUUAGUUUUCUAGGACAAAAUGAAUGGGAGUAGAGUAGAAGAUGUUUACUCACAAUAAGCUUUUAAAAACUUUUCCGUAAAAAAGCUCUGACACAUGGUGUGUGUGUGUGUUUGUUUGUCCAAUCUAAUAAAGUGAGCGGAGGCCUAUUGGUCCGAAAGCAGGAGAGAGACAACAUCACCAUCCACUGCAGCACCUCUCAAACAGACAGAGAAAGCAUCACUCUGUUCAGGCGCUUUACUAAAGAGACAGAAGUCUUCAACCUUUACAAGGAAACUAAAAAAGUCACUCUUCAAGAUGAAUUCAAAUCCAGAAUGAAUAACGAGGGAGAAUUCCACAAUAUGUCUCUGACCAUCAAACACCUGACCACAGAGGACUCUGGGGUAUACUGGUGUGAGGAGUGUAACCAGCCUGUUGAGCCCUUGUGGAUGGACAGGUACAUGACUCUAAUCCUGGUCUCAGCUGGCACCGCUGGCAUUGUUCUCCUCCUCAGUCUGGUCAUCCUCUUCACCUGGGUCAUCCCCAGGCUAAAGGCACAGCAUACAACAAACGAACAAACAGGACUUGUCUACGAAAAUGUGAAAAUGUCUAUGAAGAUGUGAGCACCAACUUAACACUUUCGGGACAUAAAUAAUGUCAUACUGACUUAUAUAAAAGCUAAAUGGUUGUUUUAACAUGGGCUAUGGUGCUUGACCAAGAAGAUUUUUUGUUAAAAUCUUUUACUUAAGCCAAUUUAUUUAGGCAGUUUUCUGUUUACCAUUGCUUGCUUUGGUUCCUACCCCGAUGUUUCUGUUCCAAUAAAUAUAGAAUUCUUGUGUAGAAAGAAUGAGUCGGGUGGCUGUGUCUGUGGUCGCUGUUGCUUUGUUUCUUUUCAACCACAGUUUUGUAGUAAUAUAAUGCUAAUGCCUUUGCACCUCUGAAUCUCUGGCUGUUCAGGUGGUGCUACAUAAUUGAGAUAAAUGAGGACACUGGGCAAUGCUACUCUUUCAAUGUAUUUUAUUCUUUCAUAAAUGGAGAAAAUUAUAAAACUUUACAUCUAAGCAUAGGCUGUAACUUGAGUGCAUCCACCUUGGUACUUUGGUAUAGACACUUUUUGUGUUACUAAACAGCGAUUACGUAUUUUGUAGGCGGAGCCAAACUACUGUCAGAAAGUGAAAGUAACCUCUUUAAAAUAGGGAUGGGAAACCGAGGCAUUCUGAACCAUUGAGGCUUGUUUCCAAAAAAGUACACAUUGCUCGAACCUUUCCAACACAGUGCACAGCAGGGACAAAAUGUAAUGUGACAUGUUUGGUUUAGAUGUAGCCUGUUGUAUUUAGCCUGGAGUGGUGUAUUUACAGUAAUGGUAAGGAUGAAUAAAUAAUGAAGAUCAUUCAAAAGGCGAGUUUGCUGGCCA